GGAUUCUUCCCUCCUGCAUCCUCCUCUAAAGAAUUUCUUCUCCUCUCUGCUCCGAUCCUUAGAACUCCUCGGCCGCCUCAGGCCAGAGGCGGAGGCGCACGAGACACUGCUAGUCCAGAAAAAUCUGUCACAGUCCAAAAAAAAUCGUCGUCGCGUUCGUUUCUCGCGCGGCGUGACAGUCGAUUGUGUUUCUCGCUCUCGGUCUUCACUACAAAAAGAAUCCUCUCUCGCUAGCUAGGCGAGGCGAGGCCGACGACAACAGCUGGGUUCAAAUGGUCGAAAUUCCCCGAUGUGAGACGGUCUCGAGGAUAGGAUCCGGUGCACUAGAAUUAGAGUUUCCGAUUCCCAGAGGAAAUUGAUGGCUAACAGAGCACAUUCAGCACCUGUGUGGAGAAAUUGUCGUGGGCAGGCCAGAGCACAUUAGAAUUGUGGAGGGUCGGUGAGAUUGUGCAUCGGUGCCCGACUAAUGAAGCUUGUGAUGUUUGCGUGCAUGGUAGAUUUGAGCAUUCGGCAGAGCCCCGGCCGAGGGCUGCAUGGGUGAGCGACUUGCGGAGGGCUCGUGGCGCAGCAGCGAUGAGGUCUCGGGGCCAGCUCGCGUCUUUCGGUCUGUGGGUGGUGGCGGUGGUGGCGCUGUUGAGGCAGGUGGAGCAGGCGGAAAUCAAUCCGCUGGAUCUCACGCUGCCCGACGCUUGCGAGGCCGUGGUCCAGGGGGAUGAGCUCGAAUCGGAUGGGGCCAGUCACGACUCCAUCCCUCUGCAGGAGGUCCCCACGGAGCACCUCCCGUGGCUCAACUUCUCGAGAGGCGAAUUCCUCCUCGACCACAGCAAUUGGGCCACAAUUUCGCGGUCCGUGCAAUUCAGCACCGGCGAUUUGUCGCUAUCCCGAACGGCGUACAAUUACGUGUACCUAAUUCGGGGCACCGUCACCUUCAAGGCCAACGACAGCAUGCAGAUGGAGGUGGAAAUUCAGGGCGCGCUAUCCAUCAAGACUCGCGAGCUCUGCGCCAGGGGCUGCGCCACCAAGGGGCCGACGCCCGCCUGGUUCCUCUACCUGGCGGGCGGCGCUCAGGCCGGAUCCAUGCCCCAGAAGAAGGCCAUGGUGAUUCCGGAGCGCGAUUGCGGAAUUCUGGUCCGAUUCCGCUACCCCAAAUCCAAGACGAGCAAGACGUCACUGAUCAGCGGCGAGAUGAAAAGCCUGCGAAGCUCGGACGACGAGCUGCAAUUCGCGCCGAUCGACAUCGCUGCCGUGUACGAGGGCGAUUUCAAGUACACGCGCAUGGACGAGGUGAGGAAGCUCGCGGAUUCGUCGGGCAGCAGCGCCGAUUACCUGCAGAACAACGAGGCCAGCGAGCACUCGUCCGUCUGCGAGUCCUUCGAGGAAGAGGCGCGCAUGCCCGUUGUCUGGAGCUCGGCCUGCGGCCUCGUCGACAGCACCGACUGCAGCCCGUUCAAGAAGCACAGCCGCAUGUACGACGUCCGGAGCACGGUGACCGGCGUGCGCAUCCGCGACUUCGACUGCUCCAUGGACGGCCGGCUAAGCGGGCACCUGGUGUUCGCCACGGGGGACGACGAGAGCGCCGACGGGCGCUCGCUCAGCACCCACCUGGCGCUCGUCCUCGAGGGCAUGUGGGACUUGCGGAACGAGCAGUUCCUGAUGCUGGCCUGCCUGCUUGACGCGUCCGACUGCAAGAUCCAAGUCACCCUCGAGGUGGCCACCAUCUUCCGAACGAUCACGCACCCGCUGGCGAUUUUCGGCCACGUGCGCAGCUUGAGGCUCAAUUCCGACCCGCUGUACUUCGAACCGUUCUCCUUCGUUGGAGGGGGCUGGCUGUCGGUCCUGUCCGCCGACUCCCCGGCCAGGCUCCAGGUCAUGGACAAGUUCGAUCGGACGCCCAGCCUGCGGGAGCUGAUCGAGCCCAUGUGCGACCGGCAGGCCGAGCAAUUCCCCGUCAGAAAGGGCGCCAAGUACCCGGACGGGUCGGAUUUCCUGGACAUGGACCUCAAGACGCUGGUCACGAACCCCAGCCCGGGCGCGGGCGUCGCCUCGGCGCUGCCCGUGUAUCUGUCGGCCAUGGAGCUCGGGAACUCGCGGCGCGAGUGGAGUUUCGCGCAAGCCCGCGGGUUCCCGGUGGAGGACCGGGAGACGACGGGCAGGAUGAACGUAAGCUUCGUCGUGUACGUGCCACGCAUGCAGCAGCUGUUCUCCGCGUCGAAGGACCAGUGGUUCAAGCGCAUGGCGGCCGAGGGCUGGUUCGACCGCAGCACGGGCCAACUGUGCAUGCUCGGGUGCCGGUCCAAGAUCUGGGCGGCCGACGGCUACGACGACGACGACACCGACGGCAUGGACUGCAGCGUGCUCUUCAACCUGCGCUACCCGGAGGUGAACCCGAGCGUCUGGGGCGAGGUGCCGCACGCCAGCGGCUCUAUCACCAGCCUGCGUAGCGAGUCCGACCCGCUGGCCUUCCCGGCCGUCGCGCUCGACUCGUUCUCCGGCGUAUCGAGGUCGCAGUCGGCGCAGACUCUGUGGCGCAAGCGAGUCGACAUCGUCAUGAGCGUGGGCACGCUGUGCCUGCUGGUGGUCGUCCUGCUGCCGGAGCUCGUCCACAGCAAGGACCCAUCGAAGCCGCGACUCUUCGCCUGCCACUCGUUCGUCAUGCUCGCGGCGCUCGUGACGGGCCACGCCGUCUCGCUCGCCUUCAGCGUCAACAUCAUCGCGCUGAAGAUGUCCGGGAGCGCGUCGGACGACGCGGCCGUGCGCGUCGCGGCGCCAGACUCGGUCGAGCUCUUCACUGCGGCCGCGAGCAUGGCGGCGCUAAUGCUCGAGAUGCGCUGGCUGCACCUGACGAGGAAGGCCUGCGCUUACGCCGAGGUGCUGCGCAAGGAUCAGACCUCGACGCGAGUGGCCGAGCACCAUAUCUGGUACAUCUGCCUGGCCAUCUUCGGCCUGGCCUUCACGGUCGUGCAAUUGACGUUCCUGUCCGGGCAGCAGCUGCUGGCCUCGCGCUUCGAGGAGUCCAUGUACCGCCGCAACCAUCUGCAGCAGAUGAUGUGGGCCAACCUGCAAGCCUCGGCCGACGUGAUCUCCUACUUCUUCCUGCUGCCGCAAGUGCUGUCUCGCGUGCUGUGGGACAACAAGACCCGAGCUCCCCGGUCCAUGUACUACUACUACCUUUACAUGGUGCUGAGCCUCGUCCGGUCCCUGGCCCAAUUUUACACGGUCGAUCUCAUCUUCGGGCCCCAAUUUGGUGACACUCAGUUCAUAGACACCGGCUAAGCGCAAUCAUGGAUCUCGUCUCGAAGCUGUUGUUUUCCAUCCCGCCUCUUGUAAAAAUAAAAUCUUCAUUUGCCCCCAUGGGUGGAUCAAAUUCGA